CGGCGCUCCAGCCGUUCUUCUAGCUAGAAGGCGUACCACGGUGGCAAUAUCCAUGCGCCCCGCGUUUACAGAACAAUACGCACAGUAGAACCCACUGGAACAUUUGAAUAAUGUUGCCGAAGCUUCCCGAAAGUAGAAAUUGAGCGUUUAAAAAAAAAAUCCAUUUGGAUCAAUCGCGUUUGGUUGCGCACCAGACGAGACACGUGCCUUCGAGGUAAACAGACAGCAGGACUGGGCAGCCAGAUAGUAGCCUUGGUUAACGUUACAUUGUUUUUCUCCUGCGUUAUAAGCGUGCAUAAGCGGUUAUAACGCCACCAUAGUGGACGUAGACGUCGAGCGGAGGUUCAUUUUGUUUUCGUUUGUGCACCUUGGUUGAUAAUUGAGACGCAGUUGGACAUGUCGGAAGUACUACAAGACAAAAUGAGUCAUUAUGGAAAUGAGGAUGACGAGGGACACCUUUCCUUCACCUGUCGCCUCCAAGACACCAACAACUUCUUCAGCGGUUCGCAGGGAGGAAAACGCCCACCCAAACUUGGACAGAUAGGCAGAAGCAAACGAGUUGUCGAGGACGAGAACGGCGUUGACGAGGCGCUAAAAAACGGGACAGAGAAAACACAGACAGAGGCUUAAACACAUCACCCCCCGGAAGGACAUUGAUUCUCGUUUUCUAUUUGAUAUUUGCAGUUUUGAUCCAAAGACACUGUAUAUAAGCACUUUUACCCCAUGUGGCAGCAAGCACUUCCAGUCCCAUCUCCUCUCUCUCCCAGUCCUCGUGAUGAUCUCCUGAGACUUAUACUGGCAGGAUGGGGAAGCAGCCGAGAUGGAGACAGAGACAGAGAUGAAGACAGAGGCGGAGACAGAGAGAGUGAUGGAGACAGACAGAGAGAUGAAGACAGAGGUGGA